UAUGGCACAUCACACGAACAGAGAACUUUCGUUUUCAAAGAGAAGGCCAAGAAAGAAAGAUGCUGCUGCGGUUGAAGCGAACACUUCAAAGCUUAAAGAGAACAGCAACAAUCUCACAGGCUCAAGCAAUCAAGAAUUUGAGCACCCAAAUCAAGAAAGAAGAUGUCCCUACAGAGAAACUAGACUGUGUGGUUAUAGGAGCAGGAGUGGUGGGGAUAGCAAUAGCUAGAGAGCUUGCUUCCAAAGGCAGAGAGGUUUUGGUCCUUGACUCUGCCUCCACUUUUGGCACUGGCACCAGUUCUCGCAACAGUGAAGUCAUUCAUGCUGGCAUCUACUACCCUCCUGAUUCUCUCAAGGCUUUAUUUUGUGUGAGGGGAAGAGAAUUGCUGUACAGAUAUUGCUACGAACAUGGGGUGCCAUGUAAACAGAUAGGUAAGCUAAUAGUUGCAACUGGGCCAUUGGAGAUUUCGAAGUUAAAUGAGUUAAUGAAUCGUGGAACUCAAAAUGGGGUUGAUAAUUUAAAGAUGUUGGAGGGUUUUGAAGCCAUGAAAAUGGAACCUGAAUUGCAAUGCAAGAAAGCAUUGCUAUCACCUGUUUCUGGAAUUGUUGAUUCUCAUUCACUAAUGCUAUCUUUAGUGGGAGAAGCUGAAAAUAAUGGAACAACUUUCUCUUAUAACUCUACAGUCAUCGGUGGCCAUCUGGAAGGGAAUUGCCUGCACCUCUAUAUUGUUGAAAGCAAAGAUCUUGAGAAUUGGAAUGGAGACUAUCCAUUGCAUCCAGAGCUUGUACUUGUUCCUAAGCUUGUAGUGAAUUCUGCAGGAUUGAGUUCCCUGGCCCUUGCAAAGAGAUUUCAUGGCCUAGAUAAUGGUAUAAUUCCUCCAGGGUUCUUUGCUCGUGGUUGCUACUUCACCUUAUCAAGUACAAAAGUUCCUCCUUUUGAACAUUUGAUAUAUCCUAUACCUGAGGAUGGCGGCCUUGGGGUGCAUGUUACUCUGGAUUUGGAUGGCCAACUCAAGUUUGGCCCGGAUGUUGAAUGGAUUGAUGGCAUAGAUGAUGUAUCAAGCUUUCUAAAUAAGUAUGAUUAUUCCGUAAGUGCCAGUCGUGCAGAGAGAUUCUACCCAGAGAUAAGAAAGUACUAUCCAAAUCUAAAGGAUGGAUCACUGCAGCCAGGCUACUCAGGGAUUCGACCGAAAAUUUCUGGUCCUCGACAGUCUCCUAUCGACUUUGUAAUACAGCAGGGAGAGGAUAUCCAUGGGGUGCCUGGUCUUGUUAACCUCUUUGGAAUUGAGUCCCCUGGCCUAACUGCAAGUAUGGCUAUUGCUGAGCAUAUAGCUUCCAGAUUCUUGAAGUGACAGCAUGCUUUAAGUUUGGGAUUUCAUUUCAAGAACAUUUUCAUUCUUUGCGUGAGAGGUGUGAUGAUUAAGGAUGCAGACUUCAAGUUCAGCGAUGACUGAUGAACGCAUUCUCCCCUUUAAUAUUGAGACCAUACUUCAACUUACUGGCUUCUGCUAGUGUGGUGGUGUUUGAUUUGCUGAGAGAUUGCCAUGUUUUAAACUUGGAUUCCUGAAAUCUGUCAGCAUUAUUGCUCGCUCAUGCAGAAUCGCAUUUGUGUAUCAAUUUUAAUAUUACGAGAGGCAUUCCCAUAGUAAA